AUGCAGGCAGCUUUAGAUAAAGUUAUUUGCGAUAAUGGUUCUGGUUACCUCAAGAUGGGGUACGGAGGUGAAAACUUCCCCCGCUUCACCAUUCCUUCAAUUGCUGGUCGCCCAUUACUUAGAGCAAGCCAGAAAAUCGGUGAAAUUGAAUUGAAGCCACUCAUGUUGGGAGACGAGGCUAAUCCUUUGAGGACAUUUUUAGAGAUAUCAUAUCCAAUCAGAGAGGGAAUCGUUGAAUCAUGGGAUGAUUUGACAGCUCUUUGGAAAUAUACCUUCCACACUAAGAUGGGAUUACCCUAGGAUCUUAGCAAUCACAAAAUUCUAAUAACUGAGGCAGCUAGAAAUCCCAAGAAAAAUAGAUAAAUGAUGGCAGAGGUAUUGUUUGAAAAGUUCGGCUUCGGUGGAGUUAUGUUUGAGAUUCAAGCUCUUUGCUCUUUAAUGGCUGAAGGUGAAACUACUGGCUUAGUAUUUGAUGCUGGUGAUGGUGUUUCUCAUUGUAUUCCUGUAUUUGAAGGUAUUCCACUAUAUGACUAGAUUAAGAGAUUGAAUGUCGCUGGAAGACAUGUGACCGAUUACCUUAUUAAGCUUCUAUUAUUCAGAGGAUAUGCUUUUAACAGCAGUGCCGACUUCGAGACAGUUAGAGAGAUCAAGGAGCAACUCUGCUAUGUCAGUUAUGACCUCAAGAAAGAUCGUAAAUUGGCCUAGGAAACAACAGUCGUAGAUAAAGAAUACAGACUUCCAGAUAAUACUGUUAUCAGUGUAGGAAGAGAAAGAUUUGAGGCACCAGAGUGUUUAUUUAAUCCAAUGUAUGUUGACGUUGAGAGCCCAGGCAUCAGUGAUCUUAUCUUUGACUCUGUUAACGAAUCACCCCUUGAUUGCCAAAGAGCAUUGAUCUAGAGAGUUAUGCUUACUGGAGGUACAACCAUGUUCCCAGGUUUGAGUUCAAGAGUGGAAAAGGACUUGAAGGAUAUUUAUGUUAGAGAAAAAUUCAAGGGCGAUAAAUCAGGACUUAAUAGAGUCAAAAUUAGUGUGCAUGAUCCACCCAGAAGAAAGCACGGAGUCUUUAUCGGAGCUAGUUUCCUUGCCAAUUUCGCACCUCCUGACAGAUGGGUUACAAGAAAGGACUAUCAAGAGCAGGGCUCUAAGAUGUUCCUCAGAUGA